CCGCCAGCCAAUGGAAGCGCGCUUUGUUGCACUGCAUCGUCGAAUGUAGUGCGACCGUUGCUACUGAGCGCUCUGUUUCCGUUUUGUCCCCCCCCCUCCUGUUUAACUCAUUGGAAGGUUCUCUCAUUGUUUUGCGCUUGCCGUGAGAGGGGCUUUGGCUUCAGCAUUGCGCAGCACCAUGCCCGAGUUUCUGCAAGACCCGUCGGUACUUACUAAAGAAAAGCUCAAGAGCGAGUUGGUUGCGAACAACGUGACUUUGCCGAGUGGGGAGCAGCGGAAAGAUGUGUAUGUGCAACUCUACCUCCAGCACCUCACCUCCCAGAACCGCGCCACCCCAGACUUCUCCAGCGACGAGGAGAGAGAGGCCACCCCUAUGAGAGGCCGAGGCCGCCCACCGGGAAGGAAAGCGACAAAGAAGACCGACAAACCUAGAGCAGAAGAAAAAGAUGACCCAGAUGUUACGGAACUCAGCAAUGAGGCUCUUAAAGAAGAACUCCUUAAAUAUGGAAUGAAACCAGGCCCAAUAUUAAGUAAUACUAGGAAAUUGUAUGAGCAAAGACUUCUUAAACUAAGGGAACAAGGUCUGGAGUCUUCUGCUCCUCCAGCUGAUUCUUCAAAAGCAGACAACAAGCAAAAUGGAAACACAGAUUCUGAGCAUUACAGUGAUAAAGAAGAAGAGGCUAAAAUAGAGUUGACGUUUGAAAAGCGAGAACCACUGAGGGGAAAAUCAAAGACACAAGUAAUGCGUAACAGACGGACCGAAAAGACUGAGGCAGAAGAAGAUACUGAUCUCAUACCAGAGUUAAAUGUCAAGCGAAGUAACAGAUCUCCUCCUAAGGGGUUUACCCUUGAUGAUGUUGAAGACCUAUCUACAGAUUAUGUUACUGUGUCUGAAGAUGUGGUUACUGAGGCAGCAUGGACAUCUGGACCUGCAAAAAGUGGACCUGUGCAGACUGUUUAUAAGGAGUUGGCAAAAGUAACCCGGCGAACCCCAAGAAAAAAGGUGGUUGCUCCAGAUCCAGUUCCUUUUGAUGAUGCAGAUAUUGCAGAGGUCCCUCCUAUAUCUGAAUCGGUAGUAGAACCUGCAAGCAACCAGAUUUUAACUUAUGCUGAAAAUGAGCAUUUUGAAUCUCGUAAGGUUGUUAAUCAGGUGCCUGAAAGUUUGAAGCAUGCAGAGACAUUGCUGUCAGUCAGCGAAUUCUCAGAACUGACAAGAAGGACCUCCAAGAAACCCCUGAUCAGUGAAAAACAUUUGAACUUAACACGUGAAACGGACUCAGGUUCUUCUCAAAUCAGGUUGAUUGAUGUUCAUAGUAUUGGUUUUACAAACCCCACUGAUCUUCUAAACACAGCUUUGAUAGAGGAAACGAAACACAUCAUUGAAGACUCUUUGGAAACCCCAAAAAAGACAAAGCAGUUGAAAAUAACGAAGUUUGUAACACCUGUAAAAAAGCAGAUUGUCGAAAAGACUUUUGAGGAGAGAAGAACUGAAAGAGAUAUUCUUAAAGAAAUGUUUCCAACUGAAUUUUCAACUCCAACCGGAAUCAGUGCCAGCUGUCGCAGGCCAAUAAGAGGAGCCGCUGGGCGACCAUUAAAUGCCACAGAUUUAAAAAUAAAUGAAACCUAUACAUCAAAAUAUGUUUCAAAUGUUUCAAAGUACACACCAGCAGUGGAGGUGAAGUCGGAAAAAGUGAAACCUGGACGAUCGUUACCUGUGUGGAUAAAGAUUUUGAUGUUUCUCAUCUUGGUUGUCUUUUGCUUUUUAGUCUAUCAAGCUAUGGAAACAAAUGAAGGAAUGUCAUUUUCUAAAUUGCUUCUUGGCAUCACAGAAUCAAACAAGACUGAAAACUGAUUUUUAAAUUUUUUUUUUGAAGGGGGGUUGAAUUACAGUUUAUAUUUUUAACAACUCGAGGAUUAAGAAAAACUGCCAUUUGUCCAAUACUGUCUGAAAAUAUCACCGCACUUCAAUCUUUUUUGUACAUUAAUAAAGAUGGUACAUUUGGACACCUGAAUUCCAUUCAUUAUUCUGGACAGCUAUAAGAGGAAUGUGUGCCAUAAUGGGUGACUUCUUAUUAACAGAAUUGAGUGGAACACUUUUUGUAGUGCUAUUUUUUAAUGUGAACUGCUUUUCAUGUUAUUGUAAGAUUCUUUUUGGAGUUUGGGGAAGCAGUUUUAAUUCAAUGUGAAGCGUUUUCCUUCUCUCGCAGACAAGAUUAUGUAAAUGCAAUUGUAUUAUGAUUGGAGGGUUGGAAUUCAGCUAGUUUAUUGUGUUAAAAAUUGAAGGGGAAAUAUAUUGAUUUAAUUAUGUAGAAAAUGUUUGAUACAUUGCUUAAAAGCCUGGCAUUUUAGACUGUACACUUAGGAUGUUAUGUAACUGUAAUCUUGUAUUUAUAGCUCAGAUUCUUGCAAUAAGGGAUUUUUCAAUUCCCUUCAGAAAGCUAGUUAUUUUUUUCUUCUGCAUAGUUUGCUGCAAAUCAAAGUAUAAAGCAUCAAGCAAUUUUACAAUACUGUGUGAACCUAAAUGAGCAAUACAAUGACUUUUUUUCCAAA